GGUGAAGGUUCAUUUCUUCAGUAGCACCAAAGUUAUGACCAGAACUUGUGGGAUGCAUGAAGUGGUGAGUACUGAGCUCUGGAGGUACAGAGCAGUGAGGAGGAUCCUCACGCCUGGGAAACCUGCUAAUCGAGAGUGAGCACUGGGUUUUCCAGUUAGUGACAGAAGGGGGAGCAAGCCACACAUGCCUUAUUUGUUGUUGACCGAUACAACUUGAAAGGGUUCUGAAGACUGGAAGUUAGAGACAGAAUGUAGAUCUAUGAAAUACCAAUGUGUGUUCUCUACAACAGAGUGGCUUAGGUGUAUGCUUUUUCCUUCACCUUGAAUUGUAUGGGUCUAAUAAUGAGACUCAAUAUUUUAGGAUUUUUGGACUCUGUAUUAAUUAUUUGUUCCUUGAGGUUUAACUAAACAAGACUAAUCAACUGAAGUUAGUUUAACUUUUUUUUUGUUCUUAAUAACAAAUUUUUAGAAAAGCUGGUGUUUAAACCUCACCCUGUGCCACAGAAACUUGAACGAAAUACAUUUUUCAUGUAUUUUUAAAACAAAAGGUACUAAAGAGAAAGGUAGCAAAUCAAACCAAAUAGCUUCUUGUGAUCGUGAGUUAUUAUUUUAAUUACUUCUGACACAUGAGAAUGGCUGCACUGGUCAUGUGAAAGGUUCUUGUAGCCCAGUAACCUGUUCCAACAGUACAUGUUGACAGGCAAAUUGAAAAAUAGGACAAAUACGUAGUACUCAUACUCUCUUGCAGUACUUUCUCAGGUGCUGACCUUCUGUGGGUCUGACUUUUUGAGUAGACUAUUUCCUUGGGUUUUUUUUUUUUUCCAAAGGGACCAUCUAAGUUGUGACUGCUGCUACAGAAGCACUGCAUAUCAUCAAUAGGACAAAUGUCACAAUGGGAGCUGCUUCCAGUAGAUAGUUCAGAACAUUCAGGUUUUUCAGUGUUUUUAGCAGUGAUCUGAGAGGGGAAAAAAAAAAAGGAAGUCUUUUCCGCAAAAAUAAUGCAGAUGAGUGUAAAUGCUGUUCAAGUUAGUUCUGCAGAAAAGUCUAGAUUGCAUUGAAAAGUCACUUAAAUGAAUAUCUCACAGUGUAGUACUCAGAAGUUAACAGACAGUAACAGAGUAAAAGCAACCCACAGAUAAGUAAUUACUGUAAAGGCUGGUGUCACAGAAGUUGGAACAAGAAUAGAUGAAUGCAUGUCUGUUCAUUCUGCUCUCUAGGUUUUAAAAAGAUGUUGGUGAGUUGGAAAGGGUUGCAAAGUAGCUACGAGAAUGGUGAGGUCAAGAAGUCCUGCUUGAGGCUAGAGCUGUUCAUUCUUCUCUUCCUUACCCUUAGCAAAGAUUUGGCAACAACUCUUAUCACUACAUUUCAGAUCUGCGUAGUUGAGAGCCAUGGUGGCAAUAAUAAAUGCAGGAUAUAAUCUUACACUGAGUUCUUUGAGAAUGGUAAAUCCCAAGAAGGGCAUGGGAACAUUGGGAUGACAGCCAGGAUGAUAAACAGUAGUUGGAGAAUUCUUGUAGCUGAUGUAGCGGAGAGCUGUUUUAGCUGUCUGCUGCUGUGAAAUGAGAGGAACUCAGUUGCAGACAGGUCUCCGAUUUAGCAAACAAGGACCACAGGUACACACACGUUCAAAGCAAAAGUAGCUGUAACUGCACUGGAGGUCACAGUUAGUAGGCCAGGACUUGUAAAAUGGAAUAUAAAGACAUGCUUUAUCGGUCUGGUAUUUCAGCCUUGAUUUAAACCUGUUCUGUGGUCACAGUUUGUUAGACUGCACUUGAAGCAGCUGUGGCAGGCUUAUGUCCUGGAGUACCGAUUUCUGAGAGAGACAGCCACUAGCUGGGGCAGUGGCAUUUUGAACUAUUUCAGCUAGGGCUUUUCUGGUCAUGCACAAAAGCAAAACUGUAUCUAGGUAAAUUAUGAGAAAUGCUUGUUAGUUGCUGGGAUGGUCAUUUCUCUGAAAGAAGUGCCCUAGAGCCUCUACACCAUUACUCUUGCUCGUAGUAUACAAGCUCUAACACUGCUACAGCCAGAAGUGGUAGAUACUACAUCAAGUGCAGGGUUGUGGGAUUCCCUUGUCUUUGUUGUGCAUUGAUCCAUACACCACAAAAAUAGCACAAGGAUGAGUCAAGUCCAGCAUACAGCUUCCGGAAUGGACAGCCUCUAGCAUAUGCAGUCUAGGGAAGCAGAUGGUAAUUCCCCAAAUCUGGGAAUUCAAAUUUGACUAUACUGCUCAGUGGAUGAGCUUCUGCCUUUGCUAUAUAUAAUUGCUCCCUGUGCUUAAUGCUGAGUGACCAGUCACUGCUCCUUGUCCACCAAAGGGCUUCCUUCUAACUAAACAUUUUGUCAGAAAAACAAGCUGCAUGUGUAUAACUGCUGGUGCCAGACACAGCUGCAGCUGUGGAGAGAUACAACGGCUAACAGCUCCUUUAGCAUGAAAGCACCUUUGUGUGCUAUGACCAGUGGAAAAGGUAAACAGUUCCAGUUCCAGUGAAUGGCCUCCCCGAACACACAGAUCUCAGCUCUUUACAGCUCUGUAAAUCAGUGGGUGGGUGAAAAGUACAUCAGAGGGGGAAGCCCCAUGCUGCUGCUUCUCAAUGUGUGGCCUCUUACAAAACAGAAGUGGUGAUAUUGCCUGCUACUUACUCCCAGUAGGAGUCAUCCACUGACAUCCCUUGAUGUUAGGUAUCACGGAAUAUGCCACUCCUGUUCCCAGAAGGAUCCCACUACCCCAUAUCGUUAAUGCCCAAGCCCAUUCCCCUUCACAAAUGCGCCGAUGUGACAAUUCCAGCAUGUCCCACCUGACCACUAAUGUUUCAGUUCUUGGGUACAAGAAGCCCUUCUGGGUUUGUCACUGUGGCGUUUAUUUGCACUAGGUGUGGGUGAUCAGGUGCCUCCCCAUGAGGACAGGCCUAGAAUAAAACUAAAUUCAGUGAAACGCUAUUGGCUAUACAAGCACUGGCAGAGUGACUGAUGAGCAGGUCUGCCAAACUCAGUCCUUGGAAGAUGUGAUUUGCUAAGGAUACACAGGUAUAACGUGUGCCCCUGAGCAGGAGACAGUGGGCAGCACAGAGAUACCAGUGUUCCCUCCUCCAAAGAUACAUACUAGUAUUACUCUUCUAUGAAGUAUCUGCUGUGGUGCCUGCUGAGAGAAAGGCUUCCUUUUCUAUCUAAAGGACAAAAAACUUUUUCUAUUUUGUUCACUUCUCUAGUGUGUUGCUACACAUUUUUUUUCCUGGCUUAGCUUAAUUCCUGCAUCGUAAUUACCAUCACUACUAUGACCACUGAUUUCCAAGAGAGAUCAAAUACAUACUCAGGGUGUCAGCCCUCCCCUCUUGCUACCUCCCUUCUGUCCUUUGAGGCCCUGUUGCGUGUAGCAGGCAGGACUCCCAAGAGCAGGCUAGCUGAGCUAGUGGGAGGAAUACCAGCUGUUGGGAUGUUUACAAUAAUGCUAUCAUUCAGUCACUAGGCUGAUGUUCCCUCCAGUUACUGAAUCUCCACUGACUGUGUUACCUGUUCCAUAGCACACAAGUGGUUCCACCCAUUCGAUUCUAGAAGCAAUGCCUUGAGUACUCUGAUUUACACCCUUCCACCAAAGCAGGAACCCUCCUUGCACCAAAACCCUGGAUGGACCUGGGACACUUCUGCCCCAUGUGAAUGAGGUGCUGCUGCUCUUGCCCACCUCUUUGCCCAUGUUACCCUCAAACUUUUUCUCAGGUCUGAAAGUCUAAUUGAAUCAGUGACUUCCAAGCUCCUCUCAGGUCAGCUGCCCUUCACUUAGUGCAAAGUGGAAUCAUCAGUCACAGAUGUGUAUUCAUCCUGCUCCUUGGGGGCUGCACCUGAGACAGGUGAGGUACUGCUGCCUUUGCUAUAUAACCAGCCCCAGGGCACCUACUGGUUGCUCUGUUGGAGCUUGCUCUGUUGGAGCUUGAAAUGAGUGCAGAAGCUGGGAAGAAGCGUGGUCGUACUCCUGCCUCUGGGGACAGGAAGUCUAGGAGGAAGCCUAAGAGAAAGGAAACCUAUUCAGUCUAUAUCUACAAAGUACUGAAGCAGGUGCACCCAGACACCGGCAUCUCCUCGAAGGCCAUGAGCAUCAUGAACUCCUUCGUCAACGAUAUCUUCGAGCGGCUGGCCUCGGAGGCCUCGCGCCUGGCCCAGUACAACCGCCGCUCCACCAUCACCAGCCGCGAGGUGCAGACGGCCGUGAGGCUCCUGCUGCCCGGCGAGCUGGCCAAGCACGCCGUCUCCGAGGGCACCAAGGCCGUCACCAAGUACACCAGCAGCAAGUGACCGGCCCGGGCCCCAAUAAAGUCCCGCUGCACUGGC